CUUAUAAUGAAGCGCGCCCAUAACUUCAUUGUGGUUCAAAUUGAUUGAGCAAAUCAUUUUCGUGAAAUAUCAAAGCAUCGUUUAUCUUGCGGUUAUCCUUCCUGUGAGCUUUUCGAUUGGUAACCUCAUUAUCUGCGAGUUUUGAUGAAUAUGUGGUUCGCCUAUCAUGCAUCUUUAUGCCAACCCGGACCGAAGGCGUUUUUAUAUGGCCUGUCACUGCAGCAUCGUGGCGGAAGCUGUAAAAUCGUUGAAAUGCUAUAAUGUCUCAAGUUAGCUGUCAAAAAUGUCCUCCUAUUUCCGUACUUCAGUGGAAGCCAGCGAAUAGCCAUUGGCAUCAGCGCCGGGUCUAUAGCGAUGAAUUUCAUGGCAAUGACAGUUGCCAGGCGAUAUACGCAGAAUCACAGAUAUGUAUAAUUCUUGCAAGUGCCAACGAGAUUCGCGCAUGUCUCUCGUGCCGAAAUUCGUUCACCAAGACAUUCUCUAUUCCUCAGAUAUGGUGGUCGGAUUACUGCCGAAAUUCGAAUGGAUACCUUGGAAGUGAUAUAAGCAGACAUAAUGGAGUUGUCACGGGGUUCAGUACGUGGGCUUAUUUUGAGGUCAAGCAUUUGGAUGCUAAGAUGCAGUAUCAAUGGCACAAAAUGAACAUAUUUAUACGAUGGCUAGCCCCUACAAAGCAGACAAUCAUCCUCGCUUUCGAUACGCGGUCUCCUAUAGUAGAGCGCAUACCGGAUUCGCUUCAGAAUCCAGACCCUAGCUGUCUCGGAGAUCCGUUUUGGGUUUACGCCCGGUUAGCCAGCGACGUGGUAGACCUCCAAGACUCUGCCGUCUGGGCUAUUCGUAACCAGGUGAGGGCAAUAGAGACGGAGAGGAAGCCGAAAGGCAAACCGCAACCGGACUACAGACAUCUUCACGAUGUCGCUCGACACGCUAUUCACGUAACCGAGUCUCUCAAUGUUGCUGCAGAAAGCAUGGGAGGUAUUCUGAAACAGCACGAUGAAUUUUUAAGCCAGAACUUCCCAGCCCAGAUGAUACAGACUGACGCCUCGGAGGCUGUCCACCGCCAGCUGCUUUUCUGCAGACAUAUGCUUAACAACCUCCGCCACCGGUCCAUCUCUAAUCGCGAAAGGUUACAGAACGAGAUUCAACUUGCAUUUAAUACUGUCGCCCAGUACGAUGCGGGGAUUUCCGUCCAGAUAGGACGUGCCGCCCAGUUAGAUGGCGCAUCAAUGAGGAAGGUUGCUUUCGUCACUAUGAUGUUUUUGCCAGCUACUUUCCUCUCCGCUGUUUUUAGCAUGUCGUUCUUCGACUUCCAAGCCGACUCCGGCUCUUGGAACGUAUCGAGCAAGUUCUGGAUUUAUUGGGCGUUUGCAAUUCCGAUUACCAUUGCUACCAGUCUUUUGUGGCAUUUCUGGCAUAAAGUCUUCCCUCUUACGCCUGUGGAGUAGUUGGUAAGGGGUAUAGUACCGCGUUGUGGCGUUAUGCGAAAGAAAAGUUUAACAUCCAAAACUGACCGGAUUUGCAACCGACUGCAACUGUUUGUGCCCUGAUGGUUGAACAAGUAGGGCGAUACUCGGGAGGCAGCCAAAUAGCAUUAUUGCCAUUGCAGUUAAUCCAUUCUACGUGUAUCCUUAGGUCUCGUAGACGCCUAAAAUCGUUGGGAGGCUGGGGUGGGGGGAUAGAUUCUGGGGAGAGAAAGGACGGUUAUAACUACCUACCUUGGGAAAGUGUAGUGUCGCGCGACUUGAUUCGAACAUAAAUAUAUCAAGGCGGUCCCCAAAGGCGUGAAGUCUACGCCCCAAA